AUGGCUCUCGUGGUGUCUGUAGCCUUUCACUGCGUACGGCCAGACGGAUCCGUUGACAUGACCCACAUACAUUUCCGAGCAGCCAUGUGCUCAGACAAGCUCCGUUUAGCGGUCCGCCGCACAGGCGUGGGAUCGGUGCACGACGGCACAAAAGCGAGACGGCCCCAGCAGCCUUCACUCUCAGCUGUGCGUGAACGCGUCAUCAGAGAGAUGAGCAGCAAAGUGAACUUUGUGGCAUGUCAGCUGUUUGCUCUGCUGAUGGCCGUGUGGUUUCGGAUCUACCUCCACCCCAGCAAGACCAGUCCCUUCAUCAGACAUGUGGUGGCCACUCUGCUGGGCUUCUACUUGGCUCUCUUCUGCUUUGGCUGGUAUUCCCUCCAUUUCCUGGUUCAGAGCGGGCUUUCCUACAGUGUGAUGAUCUUUACCAGCCUGGAGCACAUGCACAAGACCUGUUUCGUUGUGACACUCGGCUAUCUGAUAUUGUGUCAGAUCACACGCGUCUACGUUUUUGACUACGGCAUGUACUCUGCAGAUUUUACAGGGCCCAUGAUGGUUAUAACGCAGAAGAUCACCAGCAUGGCCUUUGAAAUACACGAUGGUUUGACCAAGCGAGAAACGCAGCUGACUCCCAGUCAGAAAUACCUAGCUAUCAGUCGUAUGCCCAGCUUACUGGAGUACCUAAGCUACAAUUGUAACUUCAUGGGCAUUCUAGCCGGGCCCACAUGCUCCUACAAUGACUAUAUGGCCUUCAUUGAAGGGACGUGCUAUCAGCCACGCCACCAGGAGAUGGCCAACGGCAAGGAGAACGGAAAGUUCAAGCAUAUUGAACCCUCACCCAAGAGUGAUGUCAUCUCCAAGCUGUGCACAUGUGCCAUCUCGCUUGCCGUCUAUCUGUCGCUGUACAAGCUGCUCCCCGUGGACCACUCCAUAAACGAUGACUUUGUCAAGUCCACGCCUUUCUACCUGCAGGUCAUCUAUCUUUACCUGGCAAUGCUGGCCCUGAGGCCAAAGUACUACUUUGUCUGGACGCUUGCCGAUGCCAUCAACAACGCUGCAGGAUUUGGUUUCAAUGGAUACAACAAAGAUGGCUCCCCACGGUGGGACCUGAUUUCAAAUCUGAGAAUCCUGGACAUUGAGUUUGCCACAAGUUUCAAAUUGUUCUUAGACAACUGGAACAUACAAACAGCUCUAUGGCUCAAAAGGGUGUGCUAUGAGCGCUGUCCCAUUAACCCCACAGCUGCUACCUUCCUGCUGUCAGCCAUGUGGCACGGCGUGUACCCCGGCUACUACCUGACCUUCGUAACAGGCAUCGGCAUGACCAUGGCUGCACGUGCAGUGAGGCACAACAUCAGACCAUACUUCCUGGGCUCUGACUCGUACAAGUGUAUCUAUGAUGUCAUCACGUGGGCAUGCACGCAGGUGGCCAUCAGCUACACAGUGGUGCCAUUCGUUCUACUCACUAUAGGACCCUCGCUUAAAUUCUACAGCUCCUGGUACUUCUGCUUACACCUCCUGUGUUUGCUGGUGGUGCUCGCCCUGCCCGUCAAGAGGCGCCGGCAGGCUAAGGGGCAGCAGGACGGCGCACAGAAGGAGGCGGUACAGGACAAGCAGGCAGAUCACAACAGCACAGACAACAACUGCAACCAGAAAGAUAAAGCCACAUGA